UCUAACUGUCGAUCUUCCGCCUACCAGCCAAGCGGACAGAGUCUCUCCGAUUUCCCCACACAAAAAAAACCCACUCCUGGUUGUCAACGCGGACAGAACCGACGCUUCUCUGAGAGCCUUUCUUUCUCCUCAGAUCACCCCGUAACCAGCUUUCCAAAUGAGUGACGGGGAGUGUGACUUCUUCUGCUUCUGCCGCUGCUGCUGAGGCAGACAGGAAGGCGGCGUGUCUCCGAACAGUGACACAAGCAGGUGGAAAGGAGCGCAGGGAGACACGGCGAGGUGUUGCUUCAAAUAACCAGCUUCAGCCAAUUGAACCACUUGGAUCCGACAGGUGGGCGGGCCGUCUACCUGGCCGGGUAGUUGAUUCAAUCGACUGGAUGUCUGUGGACAUGAACAGCCAGGCGUCGGACAGCAACGAGGAAGACUUUGGGGUGAACUCUGAAGAGGAGGACGAUGACGACGAUGGAGGAGACGAGGAGGAUCAGGGCGACAUUGCGACCUACUAUGAGGGGGUGGCCAGUGACGUGGAGCAACAGGGCGCUGACUACUUCGACCCGGAGGAGUACCUGUUCACCUGUCUGACCUACAAAGAGAGUCAGAGGGUGUUGAUAGAGGAGGUUAACACUGUGGCUGCUGCACUGAAGGUUUUACCAGCAGUAGCAAAGCUGAUCCUGGUGCAUUUGCACUGGCAUAUUACACAAAUACUGGACAGAUUUAAGUCCAACUCGUCUCUGCUUUUGUCAGACGCUCUGGUGCAGCCCAGCAUCACCUGCAGAUCAGUCCCUGCUCCUCAGUCCCUCCAGUGUGGUGUGUGUCUACAGGUCGUGCGGAGAGACUCCCUGCUGGCACUGCCCUGCCAGCACUCCUUCUGCAAAGCAUGCUGGGAGCAGCACUGCACUGUCCUGGUCAAAGAUGGCACGGGAGUGGGUAUCUCGUGUAUGGCUCAGGAAUGUUCCCUGCAGAUGCCAGAAGACUUUGUCCUGCCGUUGCUGCCAGGAGAGGAACUGAAGGACAAAUACAGACGCUACCUCUUCAGAGACUAUGUCGAGAGUCACUUCCAAUUGCAGUUAUGUCCCGGUGCCGACUGUCCCAUUGUCAUCAAGGUGCAGGAGCCCCGGGCCCGCAGGGUGCAGUGUAGCCGCUGCAGUGAAGUCUUCUGUUUUAAAUGCCGUCAGAUGUACCACGCACCCACAGACUGUGCAACGGUCCGGAAAUGGCUGACAAAAUGUGCCGAUGACUCGGAGACGGCCAACUACAUCAGCGCACACACUAAAGAUUGUCCUAAGUGCAAUAUUUGCAUUGAGAAGAACGGAGGGUGCAAUCACAUGCAAUGCUCCAAGUGCAAACACGACUUCUGCUGGAUGUGUCUUGGUGACUGGAAGACUCACGGCAGUGAAUACUACGAGUGCAGCCGCUACAAAGAAAACCCUGAUAUAGUCAACCAGAGCCAGCAGGCUCAGGCCAGAGAGGCCCUCAAGAAAUACCUCUUCUACUUUGAGAGGUGGGAGAAUCACAACAAGUCUCUGCAGCUGGAGGCUCAGACAUACCAGAGGAUCCAGGAGAAGAUCCAGGAGAGAGUGAUGAACAACCUGGGAACCUGGAUCGACUGGCAGUACCUGCAUAACGCUUCACGGCUGCUGGCUAAGUGUCGCUACACGCUGCAGUAUACGUACCCUUAUGCCUAUUACAUGGAGUCCGGCCCACGCAAGAAACUGUUUGAGUACCAGCAGGCCCAGCUGGAGGCAGAAAUAGAAAACCUGUCGUGGAAGGUGGAGCGUGCCGACACCUACGAGAGGGGAGUGUUGGGAGGCGAGGGGGACAUCAGCUCCAGCGACAGAGGGGUAAGAGGGGAUCUGGAGAAUCAGAUGCACAUUGCUGAGAAGAAGCGACGCACGCUGCUGAACGGUUUCCAAGACACCUGAAGCUCCAUCGCGACUGCAAAGCACCAGCAUCUCCCUCCUUACUUCUCCUCUUUGCUUCCUUCCAUGACCAUCCCUUGGUGCAGUCAUACCCCCCCCCCCCCUCCUUUUGCUUCUACACUCGCUCAUUCACUUCUUUCUUUCCGUCUUUCCCUCCUCUCGCUCCCAUAAUGCUGCAGGGUCACAGAAAGGCACGAUUGUAUCUCCCUCUUCCUCCUCUCGUUCUCGUCCACACCUCAUUUACACGUUUUGGCUCCAGAGCGUCACAUUCACCGUGGUUACAGCUUUUCAGAUCUGAUCAUAAAGGUCAAAUUUUAAGGUCUUGUCGUGUGUCUGAAAACAGUUUGUAUGCUUUAAUUCCACAUCAACCAUUUGGACACUUAACACAAGUAGCUAGAAUAAACAUGUUGCGUGUUGAGAGCGUCAGAGCUCCUGUGAUGCUGGAAUGUUCAUUAGAGAAAGAAGGUAAAAUGAUUGAGACGCUUUUGUUCUGCUUAACAGACAAGGAAGAUGUAGGGGAUGGAAUACAUUUCCUUAAGGAAACUGUGCUGAUUGUUGAUCUGUAUUUGGUGGUUUCAAGUACACCAUAAUGACUAGGGGGUACUUGCUGGCAGUUGUACCUGUAGUACUUAUUGAACCAUAUAAUAAAAAUAGGCCAGAACACACGAAAGUUGCUUUUCCGGGCACAUUUAAAUUUCAGUUGCCUCCUAAGCUGCAACAGUUUAAUUGACAUAUAUAAAAACGAAAUUGAUAACAGAAAAUAUGAUUGAGUGGCUGUUGAAGUGAUUUUUCUAAACGAAACGUGUCAUCGCCUAUGUACCAGGACAGGUGCAACUCCACAAUGGCAGACUAUGAAGACCUUUCAUUGUAUAGGUGUUUUAUUUUUAAUAUUCUGCCAUAAACGUGUAUAUGGUGUGUUUACUGUGGACAAAUGGUGACUUCACAGUCCCACAUACUCCUUUAAAUACAGCAUUGUCCAACGUAUCAUGCAUGUUCACGUAAACAAAGUAUGUAAGAAUAAGAUGGAUGUAUUUAAAUUAAAAGGUUUUUGUUUUUUUUUGCCACAAUAAACACACCUUCCCCUUUUGUUUGUUAGUACCUGACCUACUACUGCCAGCAAAUAGUUGCUCGUCAUUUUUGUCCAAGUACCACUACUCUACAUACUGAUUGUUGCUUCUUGUGUUCAGCUAAUGUAGAUCCAGACCUGUGUGAGCCAGACCUCCUUAAAAAUCCAACAUUUGCACCUCCAGUGAUCAGAUGAUGAACCUGAGUAUAAUCUCAGCCGUUCAUGCACACUACAGCACCCGACCACCGACAUUGGCAUUACAUGUGCACACACAUACCAUGCUCACAUUGACACAUGCUCAAACAC